AUGCAGAUUGGAGCCUUAUUUCCUGAACAUCAACAAAGAAAGGAAGGAUGUGGAGAUAUAUGGGAGCAGUAUGGGAUACAGAGAACUGAAAUUGCCCUCAAAACGAUUCGUGAUCUGAAUGACAUUCUUCCGUUUAAAAUUGGAAUAACCAUAAGGGAUUCUUGUUGGGCAGAACGAGUUGCAAUGGAACAGGCGAUCGCAUUCUUACGUGGUGGCGUGUCACACCAUCGUCCAUGCUGUACUACGACUGGCUGCGAUGAGGAAACGAAUGCCAUUGUUGCAGUCGUCGGGCCAGCAAAAAGUUCCACCACAAUUGCUGUUCAAAAUUUGUUACAAGUGUUUCGGAUACCACAAAUUGGUUACGGAUCGACAACACCUGAUCUAAGUGAUAAAGAGCAGUACAGUUAUUUUAUGCGUGUGGUUCCAUCAGAUGCUUGGCAGUCCAGAGCAAUAAUCGCGAUACUCGAAAAAUAUAAGUGGCGAUAUGUUGCAGUGAUUUAUUCGGCUGGUAAAAAUUAG